GUAAUAAACACUGUCACAGACUCCAUUGAUUCCUCACCUUCUUCAUGAACUCCAACAAACCCUUCAUCUCCUCUGUUCAACAAAAUCCCAACUAAAACUCUCAGUUCAGUUUAUUUUUCGUCACAAUGGACAAUUACAACUAUAACUUGUUUGUACCUGUGGCCAAAAGAACCAGGCUUCAAACAGCUCAAGGGUUUUCUGGUUCUGCACACAAUCGAUCUCGAAAGCGAAACCGAGAACCCGGGUUUAGUACAGGGUGUGGUGUUGAUGAUCAUGAAGUUAUUGAUGUUGAUGAUGAUGAUGAUGAUGAUGAUGAUGAUGAUGAUUGCAGUGCUUCUGAACCAACUGUUCAACAUGAAUCAGAUGAUAAGAUCAAAUGUUACGGUUCAGCAAGUCCGUUUAAAGCCGGGACACAUACUUACGAUCGUUACUCAGAUGUAUCGGAUGAAGAAGGGUUUUCCGGUCCUGCACGCAAUCAAUCUCGAACGCGUGAUCAUGAAGUUAUUGAUGUUGAUGAUGAUUGCAGAUCUUUUGAAUCAAAUAUUCAACAUGAACCAGAUGAUACAAAUCAUACGAUCAAAUGUUACGGUUCAGCAAGUCCUUUUAAAACCGGGACAGAUACUUACGUUCAUUACAAAGAUGACUCGGAUGAAGAAGAGACUGAUGACACAUCUGAGGAUCUUAAAGCAUCUGGUAAUCUUAACAACACGGAUUCAGACCCGUUUUGGUCUACUGAAGACGAGUCAUCUAGUUCUAGUGAAUUCAAGAAGCCAAACUUUAAAAGAUUUUUAUCACAAUUGAACAAGAGGCCAUACGGCACCAGAACCAACCCAUUAUCCUUUUUAGAUAGCUCAGAUUCAGAUGAACAUGAAGGUGAUGGAUAUGUGAAUCUUGAAGAACAUGAAGUAUCCUGCAAAUAUGAUCAUAGAAGUCAAAAGGAUACGAAAGCGAGCUCGUUUCAGUUUACUGAAGAUGUGCCAAUUGAUUCUAGUGAAAGUGAGAGUGAUGACUUGGAUGAUACUGACCUUUUAUCGGUAAACAAGAGGCCGCAUCGGCGCACACAAAACGAUAAGGAAAAAGCUUGGUCUGGAUCAGCGUCCCGAAAAGCGAAGAGCCCUUCUGUACACAAAACAAAUACGAAAAGUACGUGUCAAAUACCAAGGGAUGAAUCGAGUGAUACAGAAGUAAAUGAAAAACAAAAUACAAUAGACAAAUUAAUCAGUCGUUACCUGAAAGAUGAUAAAGCAAAAUCGGUCAAAAAUGGAAAAUUUAAGAAGGCUGGUCGAAGAGAUGUCGCUGCAUGUAUAAAUGCUAUUUUGGAGUCCGUUAUUAAUAAUGAAGAAGAGCAUAUAACACAGGAAGAUGAGUGUCUUCCUUCACAUUUCAAAUUUGAAGACACUGAGGACGAGUCGAGUCAAAAAAGUAUCGAAUCAAACGGGGAAGAAUUAUUUGAAGAGAUGGAGUUUGCACUCAAAUGUGAUGAAGUUGGUUCCUAUAGAAUUCCCCAGGUCGAGAAUCGAGAGGAAGUCGAUUAUUAUGAUGACAAUGACCUUUGCGAGAACGGAGAACACGGUGAUACUUACUUUGAAGAACAAACAGGCUUGAGAUGUCUUUUAUGUGGAGAUGUCCUUGUUGAGAGCAGAUAUGUUAUACCGAAGCUAGCAAGCUAUGCACCUGAUAGGUCUAAUAGAAGGCCGCAUUUUGAUGAACAACAGUUUUUUAGUCAUGAAAACCCAUAUUACAUGGAUUUAGAUUCGAAUCCUUAUGACACUUGCAAGCAGACCAAAGGAACGGUCUGGGAACUCAUCCCAACGCAUAUUCAGGCACGCAUGUAUUCCCAUCAACAAGAAGGAUUUGAGUUUUUGUGGAAUAAUUUGGCGGGAACUAUUGAGCUCUCAAGAUUACAAAAACUUUGUUCACGUGGUAGUGGCGGUGUUGGCGGUGGGGGCUGCAUCAUCUCACAUGCCCCUGGCACGGGUAAAACUUUCUUGACAAUUGUGUUUAUGGAGUCAUUUCUCAAGAAAUUUCCCAAAUGUUGUCCAGUCAUAAUUGCUCCGGCUAGCAUGCUUCUAACAUGGGAAGACGAAUUCAAAAAAUGGCGAGUCGGGAUUUCCUUCAUUAACUUGCACAACACUGAGCAUUUGAGAAGAGAAAUGAGUUUUGGUAGUUCCACACAUAAUAAAGAUUUGAUACGUGCUAUGAAGAUAAGUUCUUGGACUAACGGUGGAAGUGUUCUUGGAGUAAGCUACAAUUUGUAUGAAAAACUAGCUGGGGAUUCGUACUCGUAUAAGAACAUAGAUCAUGAAAAAAUAAGGACGUGUUUGCUGGAUAUGCCAGGACUAGUAGUUCUUGAUGAAGGACACACGCCCCGUUGCGAACACAGUAAAAUCUGGAACACGCUUUUGAAGUUAAAGACCAGAAACCGAGUGAUCUUAUCUGGAACCCCAUUUCAAAACAAUUUCAGGGAAUUGUUUAACAUGCUGAAAAUAGUAAGGCCAGCAACCGCAAAUAGCAUUGUGAAGGAAAAGUUUUUUGCAGAUAUGAUUCAGCGUAGGAACAUGAGGAAAUUUAGAGGUAGAUCGAGGGCCGAAGAUAUUGAGAAGCUCAAGGAGAUCAUUCUGCCUUUUGUUCAUGUUCAUAAAGGACAUAUCUUGGAAAGCAGGCUUCCUGGUUUGAGACAAAGUGUCAUUUUUCUAAACCCUUCACCAUUUCAAAAAGGUUUUAUUGAAAAUCUGGGAACUUUAGGAAGCACUUUUGAGUAUGAACAUAAAGUUACUUUGGUGGCGGUUCAUCCGUCAUUAAUCCUUCACUGCUCGUUAUCUGAAAAAGAAGAAAACUCGAUAAACAAACAAGAACUUGAAGAUGUGAGACUGCAGCCUGAAGUUGGUGUGAAAACAAGGUUUGUCAUGGAGCUGAUUCGCCUUAGUCUUCCUUUGAAUGAAAAGGUUUUGAUCUUUAGUCAGUUUAUCCAUCCACAACUUUUGUUACAAGAUCAAAUCGCCCAUGCUUUUGGUUGGAGCGUUGAGAAGGAGAUCACACUCAUACAAGGAAAGAUACAACAGACGCGCAGGCAAAAUAUAAUAAACGCUUUUAACGAUCCCAAGAGUGAACUGAAAGUGUUGUUGGCAUCUAUAAGAUGUUGUUCUGAAGGGAUUCAUCUUUAUGGUGCUUCUCGGGUGGUUCUUUUGGAUGUCGUUUGGAACCCGUCUGUAGAAAUACAAGCUAUUAGCAGGGCUUAUAGGCUUGGUCAGAAGAAAGUGGUGUACACGUACCACUUGAUGGCGGCUGGCACCACCGAGGAGGAGAAGUAUGAUAGACAAGUAGAGAAAUGGCGGUUAGCAGAGAUGGUUUUUUCUUCGGCUUCCAUGGCUGGCGGGGAGCCGAAGAACAAGGUGAAAGUGGAUGAUAAGAUCUUGCAAGAAAUGGUGGAUAACCAAGAACUGAAAGAUAUCUUCAAGAAGAUCAGGUAUCCUGAAAAUCAAACUAGAAUUUGAUUAGAAGUAUUAGUGUUUAAGGUGCCCUUUUUGAGUUCUAGCUUGAAGCAAGAACAUAAACUUUAUUUUUUGUGUUUGUUUGAAAGAUGUUGACUCAAGAUUCAGUUCUUGAGUAGUUCUAAGAUCUUUAAACAAAUGGUGGGCUAUUAACAACUGAAAGAUAUGUGUAGACUGAUCAGGUACCUUAAAACUAUUAAUAUUUUGGAGUCUCAUUUUGUGUUCUUGUAUGAAGAACAUCA